AUGUCUGCCAACAGCACCAUCCUAGGCGACUCCUGGGUGGUCGAGGCGGCCGCUACGCCGCCGCCAAACAAGCACCGGCACGAGGCCCGACAAGUCUCCAAUACUCCAGCCUCGCGUGCCACUCCCGACCAAACAAAGAAACCCCCGUCGUCGCCCCGCGAUAAGAGAACUAGUGACUAUGGAUCCGAGUCCAUGGCGACCUCGGUCGAGUCCAUCUCCGGCCCGGAGCUGAUCAUGCCGUCGAUCUACGAGACGCCCGUGCCGGAAGCGUCCUGGAUAGCGCCGAACGUGCGAUCGCCCCAGUACACGAUCAAGCGCAGACAUCGUGACAGGGAGAGAACGCAGCCCAAAUCCUCAAAUCCAUCCCCGCAGAAAGACCGAAACUCUCAAGGGGACAGCAAACCAAACCACGACCAAGAUAUCCAUCCCCAGAACGCCACAGACAGUGACAACAACAACAACAACACCAACAACAAACCACCUCUCCUCCACCAUCUACAACCCACCCUCCGCCUCCUCCUCAACGCCCUCCUCCUCGGCUCAAUCGCCCACCUCCUCGUCCUCCCCGAACUCAUCACCCAGCACCAAACCUUCUUCUGCUCCAUCCCUGCCAUCCCAUCCCUCUACCCAUCCAGCUGCUCACCCCCUCACUUCCACCUCCCUCACAAUCCCAUCCAAUCACUCACCACCACCAGCACCACCACCAAAGCAAGAACUCCCAACCACCCGCCACUCACACCCGAAGAACAACUAAGCCACCACGCCACGCGCCUCGAACGCCUCUUCACAUCCACCCUCAACACACUCACCCCGCUCCCUCCGCUUCUCAAACAAGGCGAAUCGCAGCUCCGCGCCCUGCAAACCGACAUACGCACCGCCUUCCGCGGAAGUCGUCAUGAACUGGAACUCGAGUUCUCAGGCCUCUGGGAUGCCGCGCGUGCAGGUACCCGGAAACUCGAUUCCCUGAGCGCGGAUUUACGCUCCGCGGUGGAUAAUCUGAUCGCUACGACUGCCGACACUAAACCGCCACGAGGAGGCGGAGCAGUCGCACCUGCACCCGCCGAUGGGGACGUUAGUAAAGGUGGAGGUGGAGGAAAAGGAAAAGGAAAAGGCGGAGGCGGGGAACACGGACAUGAAGCGGCUCACGCUAAAGCGCAAGCCCGCGCCGCCCAAAUCACAUCGGCCCAACUCUCCCGCCGAGAAGCGUAUCUCGAUCAGCUGACGUCGCGAAUGCAAGGGAAGGCUGACGCGCUGGCCAGCGACCUCGCGACCGUAGAGGAUCAUUUGGAAUCGAUUGAGAGGAUUAUUUUGAGAGAAGAUGAUUCUCCGUCUGCCUCCUCAUCCUCCCAACCCCAAGAACAAAACCAAGAAAAUAUCCACGGAGGAGGAAACCUAGCCAAAAACCUCAUCACACACCUCCAAUCUCUCCGAACCGAAGGCCUAGGGUUGAAAGCGCUAGGCCUAGGAAGAAGAGGCGGAGGAAAAGGCGUCCACCAACCCCCCUCGUCACACGAGUCCUCGGACCCUUCGAAGCACGAGACCUUCGUGGCCGCAACGAAAGGAUAUCGCGCUGUCGCGGAGGCGGUCCGAAACCUGUCUCAGCGGUUAGAUGCGGUGCAGGGACGGAAGAUGUGA